AUGUCCCGCCAUCACCCCGACCUCGUCAUGUGCCGCAAACAACCCGGCAUCUCCAUCGGCCGCCUGUGCGACAAAUGCGACGGCAAAUGCCCCGUGUGCGAUUCCUACGUGCGCCCGACCACCCUCGUCCGCAUCUGCGACGAGUGCUCCUUCGGCAACUACCAGAAUAAGUGCAUCGUGUGUGGCGGGGAGGGCAUCAGUGAUGCCUUCUACUGCUUUGAGUGUACCCGGCUCGAGAAGGACCGGGAUGGGUGUCCGAAGAUUAUCAAUUUGGGGAGUUCGAGGACGGAUCUGUUUUACCAGAAGAAGAGUUUUCGGAAUCAUUGA